AUGCAAAUCCUCACCUCUGCAGCGGGAGUAUGUGAGACCUCCGCGUGGGACAGUGAUGAGCCCGUGCCCAGGACAGAGCUGCUCAGACAGGUGCAGGGAGCUGCGGGGAUCCUCUGUCUGCUGUCGGAUAAGAUAGACGCGGAAGUCCUGGAUGCAGCAGGACCUAACCUGAAGGUGAUCAGCACACUCUCUGUUGGUUUUGACCAUUUGGCCCUUGAUGAAAUAAAGAAACGUGGCAUUCGUGUUGGAUACACUCCAGAUGUGCUCACAGAUGCUACAGCAGAACUGACUGUCGCGCUGCUGCUGGCUACUGCUCGUCGAUUACCAGAAGGAGUGGAGGAGGCCAAAAAUGGAGGCUGGAGCACAUGGAAACCCCUUUGGCUCUGUGGUUAUGGUUUAUCUGGCAGUACAGUAGGAAUCAUUGGACUUGGACGCAUUGGUUUGGCUAUAGCACAUCGACUCAUGCCUUUCGGAGUUAAACGACUUUUAUAUACUGGUAGAAGCUCAAAGCCCCACGCUACAGAAGUCAAUGGAGAAUAUGUGCCAAUGGACACGCUCCUUGCUGAGAGUGACUUCAUAGUCCUGUCUUGCUCCCUGACUCCUGAAACUCAAGGUCUGUGUGACAAGGCCUUCUUCAGCAAGAUGAAAAAUACUGCUGUCUUUGUCAAUACAAGCAGAGGAGCUGUUGUCAACCAGGAAGACUUGUAUGAAGCUUUGAAGUCUGGGCAAAUUGCUGCUGCUGGUUUGGAUGUGACUACUCCAGAACCUCUUCCAACAAACCACCCACUCUUCACACUCAAGAACUGUGUGGUGUUGCCACACAUUGGCAGUGCCACCUACUCCACAAGAGGCAUCAUGUCUUCCCUUGCAGCCCGUAACCUUUUGGCUGGUUUACAGGGCGCUGACAUGCCCAGUGAACUUAAGCUUUAG